CGGUGAGCCGGAGCGUUGCAGAGCGGAUUGGAAACAGGAAGAGGACUCGAGGGGGGGAGAAAAAAGGCACGGUGGAGAGGAUCGGGUGAGACAAGGUGGUGAGGAGUGAAAGGGAGGUAAAGGGGUGCAGAGGGGUGUGUGUGGACCAAAAGACAGAAGACAAAUAAGAGGCUGCAUGUAUCACCCAGCAGAGCUGUACUCGAGCCGUAAAACAUGGCACUCCUAUCCAGAUGGAGGACCAAGCAGAGGACAAUGGGCCCCGGUAAACAGUCGGCCUUGGAGCCAAACACAAAGAUGCAAUGGAGGACGCAUUCCAGCCGAUCAUCUCAUCUCACCGUCAAGUCGUCAAUACCACAGGGGGCAACGGACGGUUCACUAUCCCCAAGACAAGGGUUCCUCUAAGGGGCACAGGCAGUCUCUCCACGUUUGGGAUGGUAAAGAACAGCCAUUUGAGGGUCAGAACUGGCAUCACAACUCUGGGCGUUCAUUCCACAACCGAGCUGGCACCGACAAUGGUUAUCUAACAAGACCAGGAGAGCGCUACACAAACUGGGACAGCAAUGUCAGCAACUCUUUGCACGGGAGUCCUCGUCUGCACCGCAACAACAGAGAGCCCCAGCUCCCCCCAGAAAGAUGGGCUCCCUCAGACUUUCGCAGGACCUUCCCCGGUCGAAUGAUUAAUGACAGGCCCGGGCUUUGGAAACGGCCAGCCUCUCACCAGCGCCAAGACCAAAUCCACCAGCAUGGUUCACCCCCGCAGCACCCGACAUCAACGAGGGAGGAGUGUCCGGCCAAGAGGAGCCGGGACUCAGGUCCUGAUCAGUCAUCUCAUCCUGGAUCAAGGCAUUUUGUUGCCCUUCCACCACCCCCACCUCGCCACCACCGUUGUAACCAAGACAACUGGAAGCCUCCUCAUGACACGGCAGGUCCUGGCCCUCCCUCUCACCACAGGACCUCAACAACACAUCAACAGGAGACCUCAAAAUCACGCGCUGGAGGACAUAGCUUUUGCGACGGUGACCUGGCAGUUCAAAACCAGGGUUGCAGCAGCAGGGCUUCACAUCUCGGAACCAGUUAUCGAAAAAUGUCUUCACCAGCAGAACACACCCGUGUGCCUUACAGCCACCAAAAUCCUCACUACCACCCGCAGCGGCACACUCGCCACCUCAGAGCUGAACAGCACAAACCUUUGACACACCGCCUUGAGGAAGAAGAGGAGGACUCAAGGAAUCAUCUCCGCAAGCAAAGCACAGAAAUUCAGCGUAACAUCAGAGGCAUUUCAAGAGAGCCAGCCAACUUCAGGCCUUCUGCAGAAGAGCCCCCUAAAUAUUCCUCCCUUUAUUCAAAAGAGUCUGCUCACAGUCCAAGUGUUAGCCCUCCAGUACACAAAGCAGCCGGCAGCAGUCAACAACGUAUCCCUGGCCACAGUGGCCAACCAAAAAUCCAGGGAAGCCCCACUCACAUAGCAAAGUUCAGCUCAACCUCGAUCCCAUCUCAUUCAUGUGCAGCUCGUCCCAAAUCCAAGUUUUCAGAUGUCAAAUACAAGGAGACCUCGCAGCAUCCGCGCUUGUCUCCGCACGGCAGCUCAAGGAUAAACAAGUCAGAAAAGGAGUCGGAAGCCCGAAAAACAGUUGAACUGGUGAAAAGGGAACGAUGGGAUGAUGUCACAAAGGCAAAGAAAAAGGCUGAAGACAGAAAGAAAUGGAAGAAAAAAGAACGGAAAUUAGCUGAGAAAAAGAAAAAGAGGGAUAAGGCAGCAAGAAAGGAAAAUAAAAUAACUCUGAAAGCUAAAAACGCAGUGAGGGAAACUUAUGGCUCCUGUCUUUUUUCUAACUCUUCGGAAGAGGAGCGUCUUUCCACCGGUCAAUCUUUUCUUCCUAAGGGUACUUCUCCACCACAUAUGCCCCAAAACAAGCACGGACACUCACUCCCCACGAGAAACAUCCCCAGCCUGACCACAGCCUCAUCUCAAUCAGCCGAGGGACAAAAAUCAGAACCGAACGAUACCCUGCCUUCCCUUUUGUAUGAAGCCUUAGACCCUCCGAGUGCAGCGUGUUCCGUGAGCAUCAAUCAGUCGGCCCAAGGCAAAGGGCAAGGUGGACCUCUCCAUGCCCCGGAUCUCCAGCCCGUGGGUGUGAUCGGAAAUGGCGAAGUGGGAGAAAACCUCGCUAACACUCCCCCUGUACUCAGCUGGCAGGGCUCACCAGUCUCAGACGUGGGAGACGAUGACGACGAGAUGGAAAAGGGAAUGAUAAGCAGACCUGCCCUCCAGCCCAGCUCCAUUCAGUGUUUUUCCGCUGGGCCCUUCGAAGACGAGAAUAUUAACGAUGGGUUUCAGGGGUCCGUUGAAAGUAAACCGGCAGAUCGUUUGGCACCACGCGAUCCACCAAGUACAACUCAUCCUAUUCUUGAAGAGGAGAAGAAGAAAGAAAUGACUGAAAAAGCCGCCUCUCUACAUCACGAGAUCCAUCAUAAAGCAGGCCUGGAUGACGUCUUCAAGAGCCUGGCCACUUUUCUUAGUGGCCAGAGGACCGCGUGUCGAGGGGGUCCAUUUGGGGGUUCUCCUGCUUUGACUGCCGACGGGGUGAAGUUUGCUUCCUCUCUUGCUCGGGGACCAGAUAUCAACUGUCACCAGCAACAAGAUUCUGCCCUCGAGUCACAACCGGCAUCAUCCUCAGAAACUAAUAAUCAGUGUAAUUUACAUUUGGAAAAGUGCAGCGAGACAGUUGAGCGUGAGCCCAUCACAGACACCCCCACAGGCAAAAUAGAGCAGCCUGAUGUUGAUGUGAAAGAGAGACGAGAGGCUCACGAUGAAGACGUCCAAACCUCUGUUUUGGACCACUCGCUGAGUGCGGAGCUGAGACUGACCGCGACCCACAGCACCUCUUUGGACCACCUCCUUGUCUCGAGCAAAGCCAAGAGGCGAAAGAACGCGGAGAGAAAUCAACAGCUGCGGGUCAAAGUUAAGAUCAAGAAAGAGAGAAGCACCGUCAGCAACAAAUCUAAACGCAGACGUAACAAACACAAAUCACCUCCCAGCAAAGAUGUGCCAAAAAAGCGAGGGAAACCAGAAAAAGCGAAAGCAAACAUCAUAAAAAAGAUGAAAGGUGAUGUCAGCGUGCUUGGAACUGCUGUUUCAUCAUCAGGAGCCGGAAUCUCUGAUACUAAAAACAACACAAGCGUGUUAGCAACUCUCAGCGCAUCCAAAUUGUGCACCAGUACCCCUGCGAGUAAAUCUCUUGGCACGCCGACUUCUCUUGACCCACUCAAGCUGAAAAUGUUGUCCAUGGGCUUUAACAAGGAGUUGAAGGUCCUCUUGGUGAAGAUGAAGCUCGACGGCAUUCGCACGUUCAACACCGCCAAAGUGGAAGAGCAGAAAAUCCCACUUUGUCAGAUCACGAUCCAAAACUCAGCCGCCGAUGUGGUGCGAGCUUGCAAGGGGGCAAAGGUUAAGGAGAAAUUCAAGGAGUCGUACCUGCUUCCUUCCCUUUCUGUGAAACCUAAACUUUCCAUCCAGAUUCCCAUACCGCGGGAAAAGCUCAACCCUCCCACGCCAAGUAUCUAUUUGGAGAGCAGGAGGGACGCCUUCUCACCAGUCCUGCUUCAGUUCUGCACCGAUCCCAAAAAUGCGGUGACUGUCAUCAGAGGCCUCGCAGGCUCACUCCGCCUCAACCUUGGCUUGUUUUCCACCAAAUCUCUGGUGGAGGCCAAUGCAGAGCAUGCCGUGGAGGUGAGGACUCAGGUCCAGCAGCCAGCUGAUGAAAACUGGGAUUCCCGUGGCUCCACUCAGACGUGGCCCUGCGAGAGCAGCCGCUCACAUACCACCAUUGCCAAAUACGCUCAGUACCAAGCCUCGAGCUUCCAGGAGAGCCUGCAGGAGGAGAAGGAGAGUGAGAAUGAAGAGAAGGAGAGUGAGAAUGAAGAGGAAGAAGAGCAAGCUGACCCCUCAAAUACGUCAUCCACUGCUAAAGCAGGUGUGACAUCGACAAGCAGUAAAGGCAGCCCGGCCUCUAAUGACAUCAAAGCCGCUUCUGCACUCCCCUCCAGCAAAAACUCUGCUGCCAACACAUCCAGCUCAGAACUGAAGUCUGUCGGAAAGAUAAUAAAAUUUGGGACCAACAUAGAUCUCUCAGACCCGAAACGGUGGAAACCCCAGCUGCAGGAACUGCUCAAGCUGCCAGCGUUCAUGCGAGUGGAGUCAGUCAACAACAUGCUCAGUCAUGUCGGUCACACAAUCCUGGGCAUGAACACUGUCCAGCUCUACAUGAAAGUUCCAGGCAGCCGGACACCAGGUCACCAGGAGAACAACAACUUCUGCUCAGUCAACAUAAAUAUUGGACCAGGUGACUGUGAGUGGUUUGCAGUCCAUGAGCACUACUGGGAGGCUAUCAACACAUUUUGUGAGAAGCAUGGAGUAGACUACCUCACAGGGUCCUGGUGGCCAGUUCUGGAAGACCUCUACAGUUCCAACAUCCCUGUGUACCGUUUCAUUCAAAGGCCAGGCGACUUGGUGUGGAUCAAUGCAGGGACUGUGCACUGGGUCCAAGCAGUGGGCUGGUGUAACAACAUCGCCUGGAACGUGGGUCCUUUAAACUCAUACCAAUAUCAACUCGCCCUGGAGCGAUACGAGUGGAAUGAGCUGAAGAAAGUUAAGUCAAUUGUUCCCAUGAUCCACGUUUCCUGGAAUGUGGCUCGCACCAUCAAAAUCACAGACCAUGACACCUUCAAGAUGAUUAAACACUGCCUACUGCAGUCCAUCAAGCAUCUCCAGAUAUUGAGGGAACAAUUGGUGACAUCAGGAAAGAAAAUCUGUUAUCAGAGUCGUUUAAAGGAUGAGCCGGCUUACUACUGCAAUGAGUGUGACGUGGAGGUGUUCAACAUGCUGUUCGUGACCAGUGAACAUAGCGCUAAGAAGACCUAUGUGGUGCACUGUGAGGACUGCGCCCGUGCUAAGAGCCCAUCGUUGACAGGAGUGGUGGUGCUGGAACAGUAUCGAACAGAAGAGUUGAUGAAAACAUACGACAGCUUCACACUGGCUCCAUCACCCUUAUCGAAAUGAGGAUGUCGCCAUGGCGUCUUUCAGCCACAACCAAAACUAAGGGCAGCACAAAUGUUGCCUUGAAGGCAAUCGAUUCCUGCAAGCACGUUGUGAAUCAGCCAAUCAGCGUUUACUCUGUUGUUUACAUCACACAAUAAGGUAUAGCUACUCAGCCAAUCCAAGUACAGCUCACUGUCUUCCCCAUACCAGCUGCAGAUUGGACUUGUGCAUUGAAAUAGAAUGACUAGAAUGGUAAAUUUCAUGGAAGGAAAAAAAAAAGUAAGCACUGUUAAGACGGAAAAUCAGGUUAUUUCCAUUCAACGGACUCUGCUGUGAUUCAAAAGCGUCAAGUAGCCAAUUUUAUGUAUCAAUUCAGGUACUUUUAUGCAAAUUCCGUUUUCUACACCUUUCUAGUUAUUCUAUAUGUCCAUGAAUUUGCUGUGAUUCUAUUGUACCAGCAGGGGAAAUCGCUUUCACACAUGAGAGGUAGCUGAUUGUCACAUUUGCGUCAUAUUGAUUCCAGUUUGUGUUGAUCUUCAGGUAAACUUGAACAUGUUAUUCAUGCCUGUAAACUCUGAGGUGCUAUCUACUCCAAUCGUAUUCAUUGUCAGAACAGUUAAAAAAAAAUAAUAAUUCUACCAGCCUGGAAGUAUACACCACAUUGGCCUUGUGAACUGUGAGAAGUUGUAAUUGGAGUGUAAAACUAUGCGGAUACACUUUUGUUGAACUAAAAAAUAAAAUAAAACAAAACGACAAAAAAAUGCGGAUACACUUUUGUUGAACAAAAAAUAAAUAAAACAAACGACAAAAAAAAAAGAUUUCUCUACGAUACGGGUUUGUUAGAGAACUAAUAUGGCUUCGUAGUUGGGGAUCAAACAGUCAAUUUAGUCUGUGAUACACCUGAAAGCAAAUGUGGUGUGGAUUUUCUAUUUCAUUCGUUUGCUAUGGGAACAUAAGCCCAGUUUUAUACCUCUUUGUGUUGCUUGAUUCUUGUUUUUUUGUUUGUUUUCUAGAUUUAAUGAACGUAAAUAACUGUACAUUGUGAAUGACUAUGGGAUUUAAAAAAACGCAGUGCAUAGAUGAAGUACAGCGGGGGAGAUCACCAAUUUUGUUGUGUUUUUUUUUCUUUCGGAGUGACCAGAACACUCUGUGAGACAAGAAGGCCAUCCAUCACAGUACAGAACUUAUUUGAUGAUUUUCUUAUGUACAAAUCCAUGAUGUCACAAGAACUAAGGGAAACAUUCUUGUCUCGUCAUAAGUUCUCAAGUGUCAUUGUGCGCAUAAAAAUUACUGAAGGUUGAUUCCUCUGAACUGGAAUGUGGGAGAGGCCUGUUGUAUAACAUCAGAGUUCAAAUAUGAUUCAUCCCCAUGCUGUUAUUCCUCUAUGCACACCAUAUCAUGUACAUAGUAUAUCUGUUUUCUAGUUCACUUGAAAUAGUUCUCGUUUGGAAUCAAAUUUUUUGCAAAUGGUCAAAUUUGUCAUCCUGGGUCUCUUGUUUUUGGUGCUGUUGGGGGGAAAAAAAUCUGUCUUGAACUAUCCUGAUUCACUCUUGUUUUAAUUACUGCACUGGGAAUUUCUUCCUACUUUUAUACCUCUUUUGUUGACAGUUUUUUUGUGGGGUGGGGGUUGCAGAGAAAAUUGUAAAUUGUGACAUUAUUUAUACUGUACAUGCUACAUAUUUAUUGCAUAUCAAAUGGUACUCAUUCAUGGGGCGACAAGGUAUUUUCAAGAUGUGGAACGGUGAUGACGUGGAUAGGGGAAGUGCACUGAGGGGUCAGUGUAAUCCCCUUGGUGCUAGACCCCUCUUUGCCUCUGCGCCCCUUCGACUGUCAUGUUACGAUGUUGAAUAAGCAGCGAUACAACUCAAGCCAACCUGCUGGUGCUUAGGAACAUUUCAACACAGUUUACUGUAACUAAAAUCAAAUCGUUGUACUGUAUCUAACUCAUAAAUGCUUUUUUCUUUUUUUUUUUUUUCAUUAACUGUGUGGAUUUCAUAAUCUCGUGUGGCUAUAUUGGUGAUUUUAUGAGCAUUAGUAGCUGUAGUUGUAACUCUUGACACUUUUUGCAGAGACUUAUAGGGAUGUGACUUUUAACGGCCAAGGUUUUGUUUUCUGUACGUGUGUGUGUCUUUUCCUCAUCCUGGGUUAUUAUUUGACAGAUGUAAUGUUUUAUUUUCUCUCUCUCAUGAUGUUCAAUUUCUGCUGCACUUCAAAUAGGACAUGUAGAAGAAAAACCUGAGCCAGACCUGUCUUAAACCCCUCUGUGAUAUUUCUGUGACAUAUUGUAUUGUAUUGUUCAAGACAAUAAUAAUGUUUUGAUAAAUUAUUCAACAAUGCA